AUGCAGCACCCGUCUCAAGCCACAACCCUCAUCCCCGACAUCUCGCGCCUCAAGGCCGGCGAGAUGAACCUCGGCACCUCCAUCAUGGCCGUCGCCUUCCCCGGCGGCGUCGUCAUCGGCGCAGACUCGCGCACCACCAUGGGCUCGUACAUCGCCAACCGCGUCACCGACAAGCUCACCUACCUCUCGGACCGCAUCUACUGCUGCCGCUCGGGCUCGGCAGCCGACACCCAGGCCGUCGCCGACAUCGUCACCGCCCAGCUCUCUCAGUACGAGAUGACGCACGGCGAGCGACCGGCCGUGCACGUCGCGGCCAACAUGCUCGAGGGCAUCGUCUACCAGAACAAGGACCGCCUCAGCGCAGGACUCAUCGUGGCGGGCUGGGACCCGAUCAACGGCGGCACCGUGUACAACAUCCCGCUCGGCGGCGGCCUCUUCAAGGGCCCGUGGGCCAUCGGCGGCUCCGGCUCGACCUACAUCUACGGCUACUGCGACGCGACCUUCCGCGAGGACUGGGGACAAGCAGAGACGGUCGAUAACGCACCCACAGCCCUCGCCCUCGCCAUGAGCCGUGACGGGUCCAGUGGCGGCACGAUCCGCCUCGCCAUCAUCACCGAGGGCGGCGUCGAGCGCGUGUUUGUGCCCGGCAACGAGCUGCCGCCGUUCGGAGACAAGCUGUAG